GUAACUGUGUAAAAGUAUUGCUUAUCAUUUCGUUUUGAAAUGUUAAAACUUGAUUGAUUGAUAUUGUCGAAUAUUCGCGUCUUUGACACGAACAUGCGAUUAUUGUGAGACGACUACUGUCAAGUAUUAUCAUAUACGUAGUUAAAAAAUCACGUACAGAUUUUGUAUAACAAAGAACUUUCCAAUAUCUUUUAUUAACCUUGGCCUGGUCGUCAUAACAAUUAUGAUUGAGUAGAAAUGAGAGCAUUAUGUGAAGUAAUGAAAUUGUAUCAAGUCUCAUAAUUUAUAUGGAUUAAGGUACUCCAAAUAAUAAAAUUCUACCAAUGAUUUUGAUGUAUUUAAUGUUGAUAUGUUGGGUCAAAUAACAAUGUAAAAAGCACUAAACAAUAAAUCUACUUUACGUUGCUAUAUUAUAUCAAGAACUGUGUUGAUUCUAUGCAUUACAGUGUAUACAUUGUUUUGGCAAUUUAAAUUAUAACAAUAAGUAACAAGAAUUUACAAAAACAACUAUAUUCAAGCCCUGAAAAUAUGGAGCCACCACCAUCUUUGUCCAAUUUUCAGAAUUUUAGUCAUCCAUGUGUAAGUGUGUGGAUGGAAAAAAUGAAUGAAGGAACAUUAUCAUGUACCCAUUUUAAAGAACAUUGGCGAGUCUGGGUUCCAAAAAUAUAUAGUCCAGAACCAAAUAGUAAUUGUUUAGAUUUGGUUUUUGAUGAAGAUACAGCACAAAAAGUACUUUUUCUUACUUUAGAAGAAUUUAUUUGUAAUGGAGAUCCAAAGGUUGUACUAAAAGAAUUAAGUCAAAUGGAUAAUGUGAUAUGUGGUAAAGUGUUCAAAAUGGGUGAGGCUACAUACAGUUGUAGAGAAUGUGGUGUGGAUUUGUCAUGUGUUUUGUGUGCAGAUUGUUUUAAACAAUCAGCUCAUCGUAAUCAUAAGUAUAGAAUGGGUACAUCUGCAGGUGGAGGAUUUUGUGAUUGUGGAGAUACAGAAGCUUGGAAAAAAGAACCAUUUUGUAACACACAUUUAGCUGGUAUCCAAGCUAAAGAAUCUCAUGGAAACAAAUUACCUGGAGAUAUAGCAGAAAGAGCAGUAAUAACUUUUGAGGCAGUUCUGAGAUAUUGCCAUACAAUGUUAUCUAUGGAACAUAAACUUGAAUUACCUCCUGAUUUGCGUUUUAAUAAUACAGAGGAUGAUGAUUCUUUAUCACUACUAUUAACUACAGAUGAUUAUUGUACAGUUCUUUAUAAUGAUGAAACUCAUACAUUUGAUCAAGUAAUUACUACACUUACACGUGUUAUGGAUUGCUCACAAAGAGAUGCAUUAGAAUUUGUAACAAGUGUUGAUAGAGAUGGUAGAGCUGUUGUAAAAUGUGCUGAAUUCCAACAGUGUAAGGAUUUAGAGAAUGAUAUUGAAAAAUUCACUGCAAGACAUAGCAAUCGACCAUUAAAUGUACUUGUAGUUCAUGCUCAUGUAAUUGCUCAUCAAAUAUUCGCCAUGAAACUUUUACAUUGGCUACAACAAUUUAUAAAUCCUUAUGAGGGAUUUAGAGUGCUUUUCAGUAAUGUUGCACUUAAUACUAAAUUACCAGUUAUUUCUAUCGUAGAAGGUAUACUUAUGAAAGAUUCGCAACUAUGGAAAUCUGCAAGAACAGCAUGGCAUAGAUUAUUGAUGUCAGGAAUGCUUAUGGAAUAUGAAAGCAAAAAAGCUUUAGCAAUUGUUUUUACAAAUAAUUAUGGUUCUAUUAUGAAAGAUUACAUUAGAGAUGAUCACGAUCUCUUGUUUUCUAUUGUUUCAUUUUCUGUGCAAUUAUUCACUGUUCCAACACUAGCACAUUAUCUGAUUGCACAUCGUAAUGCGUUGUUCAUCAUACUAAAUGCAUUUAUUUCGGAAAGUUCGCGAAGAUGCAAUGCAGCAGGAAAGUUGGAAUUUGAAAGAGAUACUCCUAAUAUUUCAUUUAAAAGGGCUCUAUAUAUGCUUCAAGAUUUACGGUAUUUGCUGACCUCCAAACCAGAUGUUUGGACUGAUGAAUUAAGAAAAAGCUUUUUACAAGCAUUUUCACGUUUGCUCACAUUACUUAGUAGUAUGCAAUGUAUGGAUUCUGUAGUAAGACACGUUAAUCAACAUAUGGAGUAUGAACCUGAAUGGGAAUCUGCGUUUAACUUACAUAUUAGGCUAUCUCCAGUCAUUAGCCUCUUUUUACAAUGGUGUGGUUCAGAUCAAAUUGUUUUAAUAAAAGCUUUUCGCCUAGUUUUAAAAAAGCUAUAUGAACAACCAGGGCAUGAGAUUGGUCCACCCCAAGUGAGAGAAUUAGCAGAUCAUAGUGCAACAUGUCUUCAGUAUGAUGUAUCAUUUCAACGAGUAUCUAUACAUCUUCCACUUUCAAGGCUUUUAGCAGGUCUCUUUCCAUAUCUUGAAAUGUAUGAUUUACAUUUCCAAUGUGCAGAGUUUAUCAAUCAUACAAAACCAACAUUAGAACAGAUUAUAGAACCUGUAUUAGCAACUCAAGUAAUGAUUGCGCAAGUCCAUAGUGGUAUGUGGAAAAGAAAUGGAUAUUCUUUGUUGAAUCAGUUAUAUUUCUAUCAUAAUGUUAAAUGUCGUUUAGAAAUGUUAGACAGAGACAUCAUCUUGCUGCAAGCUGGAGCAUCUUUAAUAGAAAGUAAUGAAUUUCUGAUCCAUGUUUUAAAUAAAUUUAAUAUUUUACAAUGGGCAAGUCCAGAUUUUGAUGUGAAUGUUCCAAAAUGUCAUGAAGAUGGCAGUACUAGACAGACUUUGGUUGAAGAAUUUCUAGGAUUUCUUAUAACAAUAAUAGGAGAAAGAUAUGUUCUUGGAGUUGGACAAGUUACUGCUGAUGAUAUUUUGAAAAAAGAAAUCAUUCAACAAUUAUGUAUCAAACCUCUUUCUCAUUCAGAGCUUAGUAAAACAUUAUCGGAUGAUAUGUAUUUAGAAACUGAAAUGGAAAGGGUAAUACAAGAUAUUGCAGAUUUUAAGAAACCUUCACAAGCAUCAGGAGCAAAAGGAGUCUAUGAAUUAAAAUCUCAUCUAUAUUCAGAAUAUAAUGUAUUCUUUUACCAUUAUACAAAAGAGGAAGUAAGUAAUUCUGAGGAAACACAACGAAAACGAAGGAAAGCUUUAGGAGAAUUAGAAUGUUGUCCACCUCCUAAGCUUCCUAAAUUAACAGAAGGAUUUAGUUUGGUAACUAAUUUAUUGCAAUGUGAUGUUAUGUUACAUAUUAUGCAAAUUGUAUUAGAAAGAGCACUUAAUUGUAGGCCCUAUAGAUUUUCAGAAUCACAAGUACAUAAAAUUUUACAUCUUAUUGGCUAUGCUCUUCAAGAACAAGAAUCUAAUUAUUAUCCUUUUUUUGCUUUUACAACAAGAGCUGCAAAAUGGAAAAUUUAUAAGUUGUUAGAAGAUUUAUCUAGUAAUCCACGUAUAGAAGCUCAUAAAGAUUUAUUAACUUGGACUCUAACAAAAUACAAAGAAGUUGCUGGCAAUACUCCAAUGGAAGUUAGUACAACAGCUACUGCACCAUGUACAGAAAAUGUUACAAGUAAACAUGUUGAAAUGAAGAAAGAGUGGAGAACAAAAAUGGUAGCCAUAAAACGUGAAAGAAUAAUGGCUCAGAUGGCUGCUAUGCAAAAGCAUUUUAUGCGAAAAAAUGCUGAAUUGUUUGCAGAACCUGCUUUAGAUACAGAUAAAUCUAAUAAUGAAGACUCUAGUAUGAAUUCAGAAAAAUGUCCUCGAAAAAUACCUGUUGCUGUUGGUAUUAGACAAACAGAAAGAAUUUCUGAUGAAAAAACGUAUAAAACUUGUAUUUUAUGUCAGGAAGAUCAAAUUGUAACUGCAGCUGGUCCAGCAAUGGUAUUAGCUGCAUUUGUUCAACAAUCCACUGUAUUGUGUCAAUACAGACCUAAUACUGAUGAACCUGAUCCAUUAUAUCUUUCUGCAAAACUUGGUGCAUCACCACACACUAGUACUUGUGGUCAUAUAAUGCAUCUACAUUGUUGGCGAGAGUAUUAUGGUAAUGUAAUUGCAAAAGAGAGUAGAAGACCAUUCCGUUCACGGCAGCCAGCAAGCUUUGAUGUGGAAAAACAAGAAUAUCUUUGCCCACUUUGUGAAUGUCUCAGUAAUAUUGUUUUACCACUUUUACCAGCUAUAAGUAUAUUGCAACCAAUUUCUCAAGAACAACCUGAACUUGAUUUUGAUACAUGGUUGAAAGCUUUAAAUAUUAUAGUACAAGAUAAUAACUAUGAUAUAAAUGGAUUUUUCGAUAAAAUAAAAUCUAUUAAAGACAAACAUGAUCCGACAUGUUGGUAUUGUGUAAGGCCACUUCUAUGUCAUAUACAAGCUAUUCAUGAUGAACUUGGAAAUGUAGCAAAUAUAUUUCAGUCAGUUUAUAGUCAGCCUCGUCCAUAUAUUUCGAUUGAUUUACUAUCUACAAUUCAUCAUUUUGCACAAGCAGCAUAUACAAAGGAAUUUGGCACUGUACAUCACGAAGAUGACAACAGGGUACCAUUAUUAGCAUGGAAAUCGAUAGCGUAUAGUAUUCAUGCUAUAGAAUUCCUUCUACGUGAUAUGGAUAAACCUUUAUUCGGUGCAUUGUCAUAUAGACAAAGAGACAGUUUAGAAGGACUUGUUAGAAUUUCAGCUGUUUUAGCAUGUAAAUAUAAUAUACAAAUUGACAGACAAAUUAUUCAAAAUAAUGCACUUCAUCUUUUAACGCUGUUAUUAAGAAACCACCACGAAGGGCCAAGUAUUUUAGAUUGGGAUCCAUUUGGAGUGCUUAUUCCUUUAAUUAACUCAUUUCCCAGUCUCUUUUGUACAAGUUUUAAAAAAGUACCAUCACUCAUUACAGGUGGAAUAAUUGAAUUCUAUGCCUUGCAACUUAUAUUUAUAGCUCUUAUAGUAAAAAUACUAUUAACAUCAGAUUUUAAUGAUGAGAUGGACAUAGAUAGCCCAGAAACAACUGAAAAUACAUAUUCAGAAUCUAUCCUCAAAUUGGUGCAAGCUCUAAAUGUCAAUAUUGGUACUCAAUCAGCUGCUAAUAUAUGGAGACGAAUCACAAAAGCUUCUUUGCCUUUUCUUAGAUGUUGUGCUCUCUAUUUUCACUACAUAUCUGAUGUUCCAGCACCAGAGGAACUAACUAAAGUAGGUGGAGCAACAUAUGAAAAUAUCUGUGCAUAUUUGGGAUUACCAACAACAUGUGAUGAAUUAAUAAAGCCAAAUUUAGAUAUAAUUAUAAGAUUAAUAAAUAUUUGGAAAAGUCAUCCCACUGUACAAAUGCAUCUAUCUGGUGCUAGUACACUCACAAUAAUAAAAGAACCUUUGAAAGUUAACAAAUUACUGGAGCUUCCAGAAGAUUAUAGUGAAUUGAUAAAUAUGAUAUCGUCGUUUACGUGUCCAAAUAACGUACGAGAAGAUUCUAAAACUCCAACGCUGUGUUUGGUAUGUGGCAAAAUGUUAUGUUCUCAAAGUUAUUGUUGCCAAUAUCAAUUAUACGAUGCAAUGGUUGGUGCGUGUACAUACCACGCAAUCAAAUGUGGAGCUGGAGUAGGAUUAUUUUUACGAAUACGAGAAUGUGAAAUCCUGUUUUUAAGAAUUUCAAAUCGAGGAUCUUUUGGUUGUGCACCUUAUCUCGACGAAUAUGGAGAAACAGAUCAAGGUUUACGAAGAGGAAAUCCACUUCGAUUGUGUCAUGAUAAGUACAGGCAAUUGAAUCAAAUGUGGUUGGGGCAUGGGCUAUAUGAAUCCAUAUCAAGGGCUAUUGAAUCUUCAAGUAGUCCUAUAUCAACACGAUGGCAGCAUCUAUAACCAUCCUAGGAUUUUUUAUGCUCUAGCUUGGACAUUUAGUUAUGGAUAAUAAAUCUAUAUUUAGCAUAAACAAUCAUAGCAACAAAUACUAUGAUUGUUAAUCAUCUGUUCGAUCAUCACAAGAAACUGAUGAAAUUAUUUAUUUUGAAAAUACA